AUGUCACUCAUCGAGGUGCAUCGUCUUCAAACCCCUGUGGUCACUGUAUUGGGCCGGGAUCCGGCUCACCGCAAAUGCGUUCUCAACGGGAACGCGUUCCAGCAGGACGCCAUCAUCUCCUUCAGGGGUUGGCAAUAUGCUGUGUUCUACAGUAGCUGCUCUUCCUCAAGUCUAAACGAUGACACUCAGCGAGAACCUCUCUUCGUCUGCAUGAAUCGGCGUAAACUACCCAACUCUGAGUGGCAAACGAUAAUUUUCGACGAUUAUCGCCAGACCACUGACGAUGGCCAUAAUACCGUGCAGAUGGGCAUCUGUCCAGGCGAUGGUACCAUCCACCUAUCUUACGACCAUCACUGUGACACAUUCCCAAGCUUGAAGUAUCGGCGCUCCAUCAAGGGCAUUGCCAGUGAUCCAGAACUAUCCCGAUGGACCAAAGACGUCUUCACUUUGAGUCUCGAUUACGUUCCUGGCAUCACGAAACCUCAUGAGAACUUCGGCUACGUGACCUACCCGCGUUUCGGUGUCUUGGGCAACGACAUGUACUUCUCCAUAAGGAAUGGCAAAGCUGGUCUUGGAGAUGAUCUCCUGUACAUAUACCGUGCCGCAACAGGAUUGUAUGAGUAUGCUGGAAAACACCUGAAAGGCAUCCAGAAUAACCCAUACGUUCAUGGCAUGGACUACCGUGAUGGUAAGCUACAUAUCACAUGGGUGUAUCGCGGUUUCGUACACUAUGACGGAUGGGAUGAUCCUCUAGAUACGAAACACAAGCAACAAGCCGGACCCAAUGGCGCCGAUAAUAAUUAUAACAUCUGUUAUGCUUAUAGCGACGACGGGGGUUACACAUGGAAGAACGGGCACGACAAGACCAUUGCUUUGCUGAGAGAUGGAGGCUCGAUCACACCCGAUUGCCCCGGUCUUGUUGCCUUUGAUAUCCCCAAGGGGCGAGGUUUGACAAAUCAAGAGGCACAGGCAGUCGAUCAGGACGGACAAUGGACUCAACAUGCCAUCGGGCCAGUACCUAGUCCUCGACGCGGCCGCCUAGCCAUCAGCAAAACUGGUGACCUCUUCCUGAUUCUACCCGACCCGACCAAUUCAUCUCUCCGUAUCCUCAAGUCAUCGAAAGCAAAAGACUAUGCUGAGUCAGUAGAGGUCUGGCGUGGUGUUGGCUUUAUGGGCGAGCCGCUCGUGGACAGCAAAAGACUCGAGGAGGAAGAUGUUUUGUCCAUCUUCGCCAUUGCCGUGUCGGCGACCUCAUCGAAAGAUCGCCAAGUUGUCGUCCUAGACUUCCAGAUCUAG